AUGGAUAUUGAGAGAAAUUGUGAAAAGGAGAUUCUCACACUAUCUCAAUAUGGUUAUAUCAGGAAGAUUCUCAGGGUAUUCAACAUGGAUGAGUCAAAGAGUGUGUCAACGCCUGUUGGUGUACAUUUCAAAUUCUCUAUAGAUGAUGAUGAAGCAGAGACAAGUAUGGAUGAUAUUCCAUAUGCUAAUGCUAUUGGAAGCAUAAUGUAUGCUAUGAUUGGUACGAGGUGUGAUCUGGCGUAUGCAUUUGGGUUGGUUAGCAGGUUUAUGAGUAAUCAUGGGAUUGUUUAUUGGACUGCGGUUAAGUGGGAAGACGAGGUGUUUAGAGUUGAAGGUUUCUGUGAUUCUGAUUUUACUUCGGAUCUGGACAAGAGAAGGUCGAUCUUAGGUUAUGUUUUCAUGGUUGGUGGGAAUACAAUCAACUGGAGAUCAAGCUUACAAAGUGUAGUGGCUCUAUCAACGACUGAAGCGGAGUAUAUGGCGCUGGUUGAAGCGGUUAAAGAAGGAAUGUGGUUAAGGGGAUUAGCGGAAGAGCUUGGAUUCAAGCAAGACACAGUGGAGAUAUCAUGUGACUCUCAAAGUGUAUUGUUCUAG